AUACUUAUAUGACUAAAAAAAUACAUAUUUCAAAAUAUUAUCGAAGUUCAUAUUACUAUUUGAUUAUUUAAAAGAAAAAUUACGGGAAAUAAUAGUUAGUUGUCGUGUAAAACAAGGAGUAGCAAGGAUUCUGCGUUGAAUUGACUUCGUAUUACAAAAAGAAGUCGAAAGAAUGUACUAGGCAAGUAUGGUGAAGAGGGCCCCAACCGGUUCUAUAUAAAAGGAAAUGGAAGGAAUUAAUUAGCAAAAACAUCGUCAGGGAAGUAGCGAACCAAAAAUUCUGAAAAUGGAAAACCUUUUGGGUCUUCUUCGAGUACGAGUCAAGAGAGGUGUAAAUCUCGCGGUUCGUGAUGUUCGUAGCAGUGAUCCCUACGUUGUCGUUAAGAUGGCUAAUCAGAAAUUGAAGACCCGAGUUGUAAAAAAGGAUGUUAAUCCUGAGUGGAAUGAAGAUUUAACUCUUUCUGUUGCAGAUCCCAAUCUUCCUGUUAAGCUGAUUGUCUAUGAUCACGAUUUGUUCAGCAAAGAUGACCCUAUGGGAGAUGCAGAAUUUGACGUCAGACCAUUUGUAGAGGCUCUCAGGAUGAACUUAAGUGGCCUCCCAGAUGGCAGCAUUAUUACGAAAGUACAACCGAGCAGAUCAAACUGUCUGGCCGAAGAGUCAAAUGUGAUUUGGAAAAAUGGCCAGGUUGUGCAAGAUAUGUGCCUAAGAUUGAGAAAUGUGGAAUGUGGAGAGGUCGAACUUCAACUUCAGUGGAUCAACCUUCCUGGCUCCAGGGGUUUAUAGAAUACAGCGUUUGUAUAUACAUGUGGUUGCAGUUUCUGCAUUCUAUGAACUGAUUGUUCUCUGAUUGUGAUAAAUGGAGUUCGUUAUAUAGUAAUUCGUUGAAGUUACCUUUGCACACUGCACCAAGCUGUUUUGCAAGGUUUCCGGCUUACUGAAUAUGUGGUUUGAAUAUUCUUUUCGAUAAUUCUUUUAUAUCACUUUAUUUAUAUAUGAGAAAUACUUAAAAGGUUUGCAGACAA